AUGAGAACAACCGUUUUUGAUGUGAAAGUUCAUGUUUACGGGCGAGUUCACCUCUUCUUCCUGUCCCUCGGCUACCAGAUAAUGGUGACGAGUUUCCUGGUGAUAACCGGAAUUUGUCUGAGAUUCGGCACGAUAUUCGAAGUGAAAGAGUGUGCCGAAGCACGGAUGAUUCCAUUGAAACUGCACAAUUUCGGAGAGUUCACCGUCGUGAGCUUCCACAUGCUCAUCAAUAUCGGUUAGUCACGGGGAUGCUCAUAUUCAGAGUACACAUUUUCAGACCGACUCUUCUUGGCUUUUCGGCCGCGAAGAUCACUGGGAAAAGGCUCCAAAGUAUUCUUUUAUGCUUCAGUGUUCGUCGCAUUCAGUCUGGGAAUCGCAUACGAGGAGUUGGCACAUUGUGCGUUUAAGCGAAAGUAAAAAGUGCAAUCAAUUUCAGACUUUACAGAUGAAGACAUUCGAAAAUCGAUAGCAUUCGGAACAAUCUGUCUGAUAAACGUUCUCAAUCUCCUGGUAAAUAAGGUCCAAACAAAAACAGAAUUGUGUUGAGUUGGGAUUUCAGCUGGAAUUGAAAUUGUACUACUAUACGAAUGUAGUGCUCAUAAACACAAUUGGAGUCGUUCCGUUGGAGCGUCGUUUCGAACUCUCUUCGUCCGUGACCAUGAUCAAAUGCUUUCUUCCGGCGUCCAUCAGCAGUCUUCUUCUAAAGUCCGGCGCCUUCCUCUUCUUCUCUUCGUCCUAUCUUCUCAAAGAUCCGUCGGACAUUCCGCCGUUCUACUUUGUCUUGAAUGUGGUAAGUGUAUUCAAUUUCACAAUCAAAUACAAAAGACUGGUCAAAUUUCAGUUCUGGAACUUGGACUGCGCCCUAUUCCCCUGGUUUUUUUCAUACUGUUCCACCCGAGCAAAAAGGAAAAGCUGAAGAAUUUCCUGAAGAUUGACUCAAAUAGAACUCCAGAAGACAAGUACCAGACACGAAUGACUUCACACCAAAUACAACAGGACCAUUUCAAUCAGUUCAGAAACAUUUGGAGAGUAGGAAUGUGACAAAGAGAUUAAGAGGAAUUGUAAUUGUUUAGUAUUAUAUUCCGCUUCUGACAACAGUUGAACGCCUCCUUUCGUAUGCUUUCAUAAACGAAAAUUGUCGAAAGAGUUGCCAAUAAACCGUGAAAACUUAAAGCCGGACUCAAUUUUGAAAUGAAAAAUCGUUGAAUGCUCUGUUGACGAUCAAAAUUCCCUUUUGUGAAAAUUCUGAUUUUUGCUGUUGGGUGAGAAGCAAGUGCCUCUAAAUGGAUUUUGACAGAACUGGCCGUGGCCUAAGUGGAAACCUAGGCCAUCCGAGUACGAAUCAUUAUCUGGUGUCUUCGCAAUACAAAGCGCAAAUGUUCAGCGUAUCGACGAACAUUUCGCCGUUUUGCACAAGGCGCCGCGGAUGCCAUGA